AUGGUUCGUGGAGAUGGAGAUGGAGAUGGCGAUGUCGAUGUCGAACUCAGACCGCCCGACCUUGGUGUUUCUGUACAAUCUCAAGCCUCUUCACAAUCCAUUGCUGCUAUUGCUGCUGCUGCUGCUGCUACCACCACCACAAUCACCACCACUACCACCAUCACCGCUCACGCUGCUGAAGCUGAGGAACGCAAUGCCACCGCGUCUUCUGCCCACGAUUUCUUCAUCGACCUGCCUCAACUCCCCAUGGCGACCGAGAUUGCACUGGCAGCCCUCGCGAAGCUGCCGACACCAAUUCUCGUCCUCUCCUCCUUGAAAACGGUCCUUUUGGCCAAUUCUGCUGUGGGAAGGCUGUUGGGGGCGGAUCAAGAUGAUCCUGACUUCAAUUAUAACGAUUUUCUCAAGGGCCAGACACUUUCUCAACUAGGGAUUGACAUGGUCUUGGAUGGUGGCGUUCCAAUAUGGGUCAGCUGGGAAAGAUUUCUAGACAACCUUGCCAGUGACUUGCACCCUGUUGCAGGAGAAAAGAUGCCUUCGAGGAAUUUGCUGCGCGAUGUACAGAGCGGAGAGACAACUCCCAUUGCUGUUGCCGAAGCCGCUGCACGAGGUAGGCCGCAGCUGCAAAAUCGGACUGAAAUGACUCGAGACACCGUCGUCGAUGUGAUCAUCUCCAGUCAUCGUGCCCAAAAACCAUGUCGCAGUCGUCGACAGAAACCUAGCAGGGCCCAUCGUCCUGUCCACAUCACUUGUCGAAUGAUAAUCAGUAUUUGGGAGUUAGAGGGACAACAAUUCUUCACUUUGACAUUCACAAGUUCAGCAGGGCAAACUUCCCAAAGACCAUUGUCACACUCAUCGGGCACUACUCGUCAUCCCUCGUCCCAUUCAGCCAGGUCCUCCCGUUCAUCACAUUCCCAGACACCUGCCUCCUCCACUGGGACCUCUCAGGUCACGUCGCCCGCAGAACAGCCACAAGCAGGUUCUUUUCCUCCCAUCGCCCCUCCAACGCAGUGCUCCGCCCCAUCCGUCCCGACAGACUUUCAGAAGGUCCUGAAGAUGAAGAACGCUAUGCUGAACGCAAUCGAAAUCCCCCUGAUUGCCAUGUGGAAAGAUGAGAGCGCGGUGUUCCCAAACCUCGCUGCCAGAAAGUUACUGGCGGUUGAGACUGAUCCCACCUCGGACGAGUCUUACGAUUUCAUGUCGCGCUUUCGUCCAUGGACUGCAGAUUUCUCCCGAGAGCUUCAAGAGGACACCAAUCCCGUCCUCGCUCUGUGUCGAACUCAGCAGCCUUUUACAAAUUGGCAGAUUGGCCUCAUCAACGACAGGACGGGCAAAAAGUCCAAUUUCGACGUGAGCGGACAUCCAGUCUACGACGAAAAGUCCGGAGAGUUUCUUGCAGGUUUGAUAGCGUUCAAGGACGUCACAGAAUAUACCGAAAAGAUUGCACACCAAACAGCAGAAAACGAAGAGCAAUUUCGCCUCAUUUGUGAUAUGAUGCCACAAAUGAUCUGGACCACGAGAGCCGAUGGCUAUCAUGAUUAUUACUCUAAAAGAUGGUAUGACUACACUGGCAUGACUCCAGCGACUUCCCUGGGUUCAGGAUGGAAAUUGCCUUUUCAUCCGGAGGAUAUGCCCGAAACCACCAACAGAUGGCGUCAUUCUCUCGAGACCGGAAACGAGUACAUUACGGAGUAUCGUUGCAGGAGAUUUGACGGACAAUGGAGAUGGAUGCUCGGGAGAGCCUUGCCUAUGCGUGAUAACAAGACAGGCAAGAUUGUGAAAUGGUUCGGCACGUGUACAGAUAUCCAGGAAGUCGUCGAUGCCAAGAUUUCCGGGCAAAGGGUUCAACGACAAUUGCUGGACGUGCUGAAACACUCGCAAAUGACCAUGUGGAUUCUCGAUCGGCAGCUCAACGUCAGCUUCCAUGAAGGCUCCUUCGUCAUGGGCGAUGCGACAACCGACAGGAUCAUCGGAGCCCCUGUUCUUGAGGUUUUGCGCACUCGUCUUAAGCCGAAGGCUAUUGAUCAAUUCAGCAAGGCUCUGUCUCGUAUCUUAUCCGGAGCUUCUGACCUGGAAAUCUGCGAGAAUGAGGUGAAUUCUAGAUGGUUCCGAUCCAAGAUGGUACCGUUGAAGGGCAAAACCGGCCCCAAUAGGGUGGAAGAUGAAAACUAUAUUGCGGGAGUUAUUGUCAUUGGAUCUGACGUGACCUCCCUGCGGCACAAAGAGCAAGAAAACAUUAUAUUGCUUGCGAAGGAGACCGCGGCUAAAGAAGCGAGCAAGAUGAAAAGCAGCUUUCUCGCCAACAUGUCUCAUGAGAUCCGGACGCCCAUCGCAGGAGUACUGGGAAUGUCGGAGUUGCUCAUGGAUACUUGCCUGGAUCUGGAACAAAGCGAGUUCGCCCAAAACAUUCAGAGAUCCGCCAACUCUCUUCUUACCGUCAUCAACGACAUUUUGGACUUCUCCAAGAUCGAGUCGGGCCGGCUUGACAUUGAGGAGGUGCAGUUCAGCUUGAACCACGUACUCCGCGAGGUUGCCAAAAUGCUUUCAUUUGCAGCUCAACGUAAAGGACUGGAGUUCAAGAGUGCCAUUGAUAUCAGUUCAUCCGAGCAACUUAUUGUAUUGGGCGAUCCUGGCCGAAUUCGACAAAUCUUGGUCAACCUCGUAACCAACAGCAUCAAGUUCACUUCCAAGGGCUUCGUCAAGCUAAGCACUCGCAUCGUUUCCGAAUCCAACGACACGAUCACGAUCGAAUUUUGUGUUGAAGAUAGCGGCAUUGGCAUAGAAGAAGAAGUCAAGAAGAGAUUGUUUAGGCCAUUCACCCAAGCAGACUCAAGCACCGCGAGGCGGUUCGGAGGGACCGGUCUCGGCUUGACAAUAUCCAAAAAUUUGGUAGACCUGAUGCAUGGGACAAUUCGUCUGGAUUCGAAGCUUGAUGCAGGGACCAAAGCUAUUUUCACCAUUCCAUUCAAGAAACUUGAAUAUCAAACUGGAUCUCCUGUGCCUGAGCGAGAAGUCGGCACGAUACCCGAUCGGACACAGCCUGAUUUGUCUUGCUCCAAAGACUCGUCCAACGAAGACGUUCGAAAACAUCGCAAAAUUAUGACCCUAGCCAGGUCAUCCGGAGACACAAGUGCGGGCGGCGACCAUGCUCGGACGAGGCUAUCAAGUCCAGGAGUCGGAACUCCCAUGCCUGAACUAGAGAGAGAUCAGAUACAUAUCUUGGUCGUUGAAGACAAUCCUGUCAAUCAGCAAAUUGCUCUUAGAUUCAUCAAAGCAUUGAAGUUCUCUGCUAUUGCCGUGUGGAAUGGCAGAGAAGCCCUAGAGUAUCUUCUCAAGGCCACUUCGCCCGACCUUACUCCAGCACAAUCACAACAGUAUCCGAUUCCUUCACUUAUACUAAUGGACGUGCAAAUGCCUGUCCUGGAUGGCUACCACGCCACACACCUGCUUAGGCAUCACGCUCCAUUCACAGAGUUUGAGGCAAUCUCGAAAAUUCCUAUUGUGGCCAUGACUGCUUCGGCGAUUCAGGGCGACCGAGAAAGGUGCGAGAUGGCGGGAAUGGACGACUAUAUGGCCAAACCAGUCAAGCGGCCUCUAUUGGAGAAAACCAUACUGAAAUGGAUAUCCAGGGCACGCGAAGGCUUCAGGCACCGGAAUUGGUCAGAAACUCCCACAGAAUCUCAGCAACCAUCCUUCGGCAGCGCGUGCACCGACCAUUCGUCGACUUGCGGGCAAGCCGAUGCCAUUGCCACCGAGUUCUUUGCUCGAAAUGGACAAUCAAGCAUUUUGCUCGCCCCAGCAGAUCGGCACCGGUGUGCCUCAGGAGACAGUGCCACUGGUGUAGACGGCAAAGCUGCCGCGCUGCGGUCCAGCAUUUCUAGGGCCAUCCUUGCUGAGGAGAUCCCGGGAGGCGGGACAGAAGGGGAUCGAACAAUGAGGAGAGUCGAAGCCGAAGACAAAGCGCAGGCACUCCGGGACGCUAAACUGUUAUCGGUGACUGACUUAAGCCAUCGUCCAUCUAUGAUCGCUCCCGCGAUCAUGGUCGAUGGUGACUUUAUGCCGACUCCUCAUCCAUCCGAUCUUGUCCAACCGGCCGCUGGAGGUGCCAGAUCUUCCACGAUGUUCGCUUUGACGGAAGAGAAUGUGUACCGCUUCAACAACACACAGGACCACGGCUCUAUAGCCUUGGGAACCGUGUCCCCAGAGAUGAGCUUUGACGGAUUAGUCUAUCCUCUCUCAGAACUUCCUGGCCCGCCGCCGGAAGCGACGCUCGCUGCAGUAGACCUGGCUGGCGUCGAUGCCAACGCCGAAGUCUUGGUACCGUCGAUUGUCGGAAUGGCAGUGUCAUCGACUCCGCCGUCGGAAAAUGUCACAUCAUCUGCAACUCCGGCUAGUGACCGGCCUCAAAGUCGACAAGACGUGGGUGGGCUACAUCCUGACGGCCGACGGAUAAGCGAUUGGAGCAUGAGUACAGCACGGCCAGGAAAAAGCUGA